AUGCAAGCCGAUUUGAUUGCAAAGGAGAAGAGAAACGCAAAUUAUAUUUGGUUCAGUACUAAGUGCGAUGAUUUUAUCGACAGGAAAGAGUUUGAAAUAUCAACGAACUGUCGUCAAACUUCAAACUACUUCUUUGAUUACGAGUGGACGUCUUGGGCCGACUGGGGAAGCUGUUCAAGCUCAUGUGGACUUGGCACCAGGCAACGAAGUCGAUCUUGUGGCCAAAAGAAGCAGAAUUAUAAUGAAUUUGCAGCUAUUCCAAGCGAAAGAUUCACCGUUUUGCCCGUUGAUGAAGUCCGACUUUGCGCCAAUCUUGAGGAGGACUACAUCGAAAACCAGCCUUGUUUGAAUUCAACCUGUCCGGUUAUCACUGAAUGGUCGAACUGGUCUGAUUGUUCUGAGACUUGUGGUACUGGAGUUCUUUAUCGCAAUAGAAAGUGUGAAGUGUCUGGUGAUGAGUGCCUCGGUGGAGAAUUUGAAGCAGAAAUUUGUGAAACAAACGAAAAGUGUGCGACUGCAGUGUCACCUGAAAAUGUAACCAUAGACAAUAUGACAGUGUCAACAGUAUCUACUACAGUUUCUUCAGCGACAGAGAAAGCUAGCGAGUGCGUUUGCGAAGAACCUGAAGUUAAAGAAAUCAUCAAAGAAGUCGAUAAAGUUAUAGAAGUUGAGUCCGAAGAAUGUGAAGCAUUGAAAAGACAGGGACUGCCGCCAUGUGUUUAUGAAAUCAUGCAGAACAUGACAUAUAUAAAUGGAAAAAGUAAUCUUUUAUUCGAUCAAAGUGCGACGUUCAGCUUCACUCUGGACAAUGUCAGAAUCCCCUAUGCUCUUGAUGGCAACGUGACUGACAUGCUGAUGGAAAUAUCGAGAAAUCUAACCGUCGUUACCCAGAACUUGACUUUAUUUAGUUACAACUUGACAGACCCAGUAUUUGAAAAUGUAACAAUUGGUGAGACUCAAAUUUGGGAAUUCGGUUUGACAAGAGCGAAUCUUGAGGCCAGAAGGCUUUCAGAAUCAAUUCUAUCAUCUGUCAGUGGGAUUAUAAGAGACGAAGUGGAGUUGCUUGUUGAGAGAGCAAAUCUAACAGUUAAUCAGUCAAUAGAACUCAUCGAUGUGAAGCAAGGAGACCGGCUGUAUACUAUCGCCAAGCUUCAAAAAACACGAGAUGAUGUAGGAAACAUAACGUGCGAGGUGGACAGUCUUUUUGAACGAUUUGUAGUCGACUUUCUUGUUGACGAACCUAAGCGCAUCAAGCAUAUUAUUAACGAUGUCAAUUCAGUAAUCGACGAGCUAGAAGAGGCAAAGAGUCAAUCGAUAUAUUUUAUGAGAGCCUUAUCGACUGAAUUCAGUAGAAAUCUCACUUCAGCUAUAGAAUCAGAAAUGAGAAUGGCGGAGGAACUGAAGCAAGUAGAACUCAUUCUUAUCAACAAAGAAAAGCUGGUUGAAGAUCAAUCGGAGAAGAUAGACACCUGUGGGGCCAAUCUUGAAAGUACUCUUGAAAAAUAUUUGGAUUGUCGGGUUCCAAAGAGGAUGAUGAACGGAUCGAUUUACGGAACAGACUCCUAUCUUCAGCCGGAAAAGAAAAUACACGAUUCGCUCCAAAACUUCGUUCCUUCUUAUGGCACUGAAAAUGGAACAUUCACUUGUCCGAAUUUCUGGAAUUACAAAAACUCUCUUUUCUACGUUUUCAAUACUAUCGCCGUUUUGGGGAGCAAAGACAUGGAGCCCUUCACAACAUCGGGAAAGGUUUUCAAGUGCGAAAACGGCGGUUCGUGUUUCACUCUCGCAAAAGGGAUGAUCUGUCGCUGCCCGAUCGAGUUUUACGGAGCUAAAUGCCAGCAUCAGCGAUUCGCCCUCCCUUCGAAACCAGAAUUUUUGACCGUCGUGGCAAAUUUCAACGAAAUCAUCAUCAAAUGGCUGCCGAUUUUCGAAGAUUCAAGCAGCAAUACAGUCAUCGAAAGUUUGAAAGUGUCCAUCGGAAGCGAUGUCUACAGUAUUUCCGACUUUAAUUCCAAUCAGCUCAAGAAAUCAAUCGCUCCUGAUACCGAAGUUGAACUAAAAAUUCACGUUAUCUACAAAAACGGAAUUAUGGCUGAGUCUGAGGUUUACAACAUUAGAUCUGCUCCGGAACUUCAGAAGCCUGAGAUUCUUGAGCGACUCUCAAAUAUUGUCAAAAUGAAAUUUGGUGACGACUCUCUUGUAGAAAGAUAUACAGUAAUGCGCACAUACAAAAAGAGGAUUGGUAAAGACAGAUACAGUGCGCCCAUUUUCGAAGGUAGAUCCGGAGAGAUGAAUGUUGUGCCCCAAAUUGCAUUUCCGAGUGGACGAGAUGUUACUCUUGCGAUUCAAGGCCAGACUGAAUUCGGCUUGACUAACAUCAAGGAAGUCACAAUAAGAAUAAAGCAUGCAGCUCCUCUCUUUAUUGCCGAAAAAAUAAAAGUGGGAAUCACUAAAGUGGAACUUUACUGGAAACAGGAAAUGGACGAAGAAGAUGCUUCCAUCGAUCGAGCCCGCGGAUAUCGCCUUGAAAUCUUCAAAGGUCAGUACAGAAUAAAAACCUUCAAUUUGGAUCGUGCAGUAAACAAGAAGGAAAUUUUUGGUUUGAAGGCGGGUACAGAAUACACCGCAAAAAUCAUUGCCACGAGUCCAAAGGAUCAAGGAAACUCUCCUUGGGCAUACUUCGAAUUCGCAACUGCUCCUAUUCGAGAUACCAGACCACUCUUGGAUUGCAUCCCUACGACUGUUUACUCGACUUACUUGAAAAUCGACUGUGGAGAUUCUUUCAAUACAUCUCAGCCGCUAACCGCUUUUGUUGAAGCCUCAAAAGUCGAAUCUGAUCAAACUGUUCGUGAGAUAUUGGUUGAAGAUUUAGAAAUUCAUGGACUCGAGCCUUACAAUACUUACAAAAUCUCAAUUUCAAGCGAAGAGUUUCAAAUAAAACCCUUCAUCAUAUCUACGGCACCAGCUCUUGGUGAAAUAAAUGCUGUCGUUAAUGGUGAUUACAUCGAUUACAACUGGAAUGGACACUAUGGAAAAAGUGGAAAGUUUGAGGUCCUCUUGGGGUCUGCUGAUCCGAUUAUUAUCGAGAGAAAUUUCUUGAGAAGAGAUAUACUGAAGGCGGGCAAUGAAUAUUCCUUCAAAAUUCGUGAGAUUUUUGAAAAAGGAACAAGCUAUCAACUCACGUCAGAUUAUGAGGAAGUUCUUUCAACAACACCGGAAGAGAUGGAUUUCAUCAUUGAAGAGAGCCAAGAGGUUGGAAUUAUGGUUGUUUGGGACGCAUCUCAAAAUGUCUUCUCUGGCCUUAAAAUUACUACCAAACCACCUCUGAAAGGAGAACUUAGCCCAGAAUACAGUAUGAAUAUGCUUCAGAUACCAGAAGAUUUGUACUUUCCUGACGUCAAUUACGAGAUUACAAUUCAAGCUCACUCAGCCGAUUUGAAGACGAUGUCCAAAGAAUUCUCGUAUUCUUUGACCACGAAGAGUAGAUUGCCACUUGUCAUAGACAGGGAAAUCGAAACAGACAGAAUCAAACUCCUUGUUGAGCAUGUUGCUGACGAGUUAUCGGUAAAAAACGCAGGAUCGAGCAAAAUCGUCAAAUCAGAAACUGGACUGGUAUCACUAGAAGAUCUUGUCCCCGAUACAAAAUAUCAUUUCCAGCUUUCUACGAAAAAUUCCUUCGUCGCUUAUGAAAGUUUGUCGACGCUUCCAGAACUUAGAGUGUCUAUUCUCCAAGUUGGCGCCAACAAUGCAUCUGUUGAAUUCCAGAGUGUGGGAAAUGGUUGGAAAAGCGCUUAUGAAGUCUGGUGUUCGAUAAAUUCUAAAGAAAUGGUAUUCAAGCAAAAGUCUGUAACACUAGCAGAUCUUGAGCAAGGAACUACCUAUGAGAUGUCCUGCAGUUUAAUGAAUACGGAAUCAAGAGAAAAAUCUUCAGCGAAGAUUGAACGCUUCAGGACGGAACCAGGACCUCCAGAGUUUAACCUUUUGUCGACAGAAGAAAGUAUCGCCAUCAUAUGGAAGGCUGAUGGUAAUGUCGAAUCUAUCGCAAUCGAAAUUACAAGAUCUGAUAAUCCAUCUUACUCCAGAAGCAUGAUAUCCACUUCGUCGCCAGAAACGAUCACAGGGCUCGAUCCUGAUAUUUUAUACACACUCAAAGUUAUGUCUUAUCAAGAUAUUUUAAUGAAUUACUUCGUCGAUACCAAAUACAGCGAAGAAAAAACAAUACAAACUAAGGCACCCCUGUUUUAUGGAGAAAAAUCUUCAUCAAAUGAUGACGAAUUUCUGAUCAAAAGAAGCAUCAAAAAUGAUCUUGUCAGAUACUUCAAUCCUGAUCACAUUAAAGAAAUUAACAUUAUUUCUGUGAUCAAAGAUGGGUACAAAUACGUGGCUUUCUACGAUAUUUCUUUUUCCAUUCUCGUCGACGAGUAUCACAGAGGUGUAUUGGGAAUGGAACUGAUUCCGCAACUUGAAUCGCCUGAAAAGCUGGAUAUACCGUCGAUUGACACAGAGUCAGUCGAGGUUUCGUGGUACGCAUAUCACAUUGCCAGAGACCAAAAUGUCGAUGUGGAACUUUACGAACUUAAAAUUGACUGUGUCAACAGUGGUCAAAAACUUCUCGAAUUCGAGGGAAUUUUCCGACGCCACACAUUUUCUUCAAUGAUUUCAGGCGAUCAAUGUUGCGUCAAGCAUCGCGCGAAAGUUGAAGGCUUUUGGUCUAAGUGGAGUAAAGAUGUCAUUGUAAGAAUUCCUUUCGUAAAGCCAAGCUUUAAAAUCUCUUCGACGACGGACUCUGCGAUUUCGCUCACCCUGCAAAACGCAGACAAAUCGAUUAGAGGUUAUGAAGUUGAUAUUUAUUGGAUUGACUCUUCGACAGGCGAAGUGAUGAAACCGGAGCAAUAUCUCUCUGGCGACCUCGGAUCUGAUAUUUAUCCUGAAGCAGAUAAAUUAUUUGUUGAAAAUCUACCUUCGGAUAUUGCAAUGAAUGUGUCAAUAGUCGGCUACUUUGGCUUUAUGGGACAAGAGUACACGGAAUAUUCUGAUGAGAUAAUAGCGGUCACGAAAUCAGCACCAUUGACUUCUGAUGAUAUCAUUUGCGAGCGAACUUCAAAUGGCCAGUUUUAUACUGAUAUCAAUAGCAAAAAAACUGUGCGAGUUGAAAUUUCGGGAAUCAAGGAAGAUAGUCGCGAGCCGAUGCAAAUUCGAUCAGUAGAGAUUGACUCUUCAUUACGAUAUGAGUUUUCGUCUCCUGCUAUCAUCGAUGACAUUUUCGCUUACGCUGUCUCUGUUAACGAUUUCUCUAAAUCUGGAAAAAAUCCCGUUGCUUGGUGCUUUGAGAAACCAAUCGUCAUCUUCAAUGAAAUAGAGUUCGUAAAGGAUGCAAUAAUUGUAUCCUGGUACAGUACUUAUAAAUAUCAUACCUGGAACGUACAAAUAUUUAAAUCCGACGGUUCUGUUUCAUACCAAUCCACGAAGUUGUCUUCGAGUUCACUUGUUCUGGAGAAUCUUGAUUCACAAGAGGUGUAUUCGAUAGAGAUUUUCGGGAACAAAGUAAAUUUCGCCCUUCACGAUGAUUCUUACGUCUCUAUUCCAUCAAGCGAGGUUGGAUUAUUGGAAAACAUAAAACAACCAUUGAGAAAAAUAACAUUCGAUGCAGCCAUAAAUUAUCAAGGAGAACUUGAAGUGCUAUUCACGAGUGAUAUUUCAAAUUAUGAUGCAAUUCAACUGCAGUUGGCUGGAAAGUCGGACUUUGAAAUGGUAUCUGUGGACCCUGACUCGUCAAUAUUGCACAAGUUCUAUCCGAACUCGACUUUACAGUAUACUGAAGUUACUGUAACUGCUUCGUUAGGAACCAGAAUAACUUCAAGCUCCGAGACUGUAACACUUCCACCAUCUGCUCCAAACGUUUCCUAUGAGGAUGGAAUUAUAAGCUCUCAAACGCAUAUUGAACUUGAUAUCGAGGAAUUGAAAUUCACAGAUAAUUUAAAGUCGUUUUUGUUCCUCUCCCCUGGGGAAAAUAACCUAUUCCUCGAUACGUCCGACUACAAACUCAAUUUCAGAGCUUGCGAUAGGGUGAGAUGCUCUAGCGACGAUUCAAUUUUCAUUGGAAAGGAUUUUGAGAACGGGGAGUCAUCAACUUGGUCGGAAUUCGAUGGGUGCUCGUGGAAGAUCUCGUCCACUUGCGGCUAUGGAAAGCAAUCACGAUUUAGAUCUUUGCCUCUUGGGGCUAAAGCAAGCUAUGAAGAAUCAAAGCUUUGUUUUGUUGGCGAUGUAUGCGAAGAAGAGUUUCAAACAGCCCCAGAGACUUUCGUAAUAAACAUGCCUGACUUCCAGAAGGACGGUUUGGGUUCGACUACUGACUUUCGAGAUUUUGAAAGGAUAACAUCGAAUGAAACAGGGGGUACUAGCAUCGAUACAUGUGUAGAGGUUAACAAUGGAUUUUGGACGAGCUUUAAGCUUUCAUCCGUUUCCUCUAUUCACAUUGUCAGUGUUGAUGCAGAUGAUGUUUAUGUUGGAGACAAACCUAAUUCUGGCGAAAGAUGUUCGAAGUCCGGUACAAUCUUUCACUGUUCCAUGGCAAUUGGUGACCACAUCACCAUGUUAUUAGAUCAGUCACGAGGACCAAUAACGGAAUCGACAACACUCUGUCCGAAAAUCUACUCAACGAUACCAGAGAUGAACUGGUCUUCUUGGUCUGAAUGGACUGGAUGUUCUCGUAAAUGCGGUAGUGGUAUCCGUUCAAGAUCGCGAACAUGCGUCAGCGCUAGAAUAUUCGAAAGUUGUGAGGGUUCGAGCGAAGAAAAACAACCCUGUGGAGAAAGCGUCUGUAACGACGAAAGAAAUAUUAUCAGUGGGACGAUGUCUUCUGACUGGCUUGGUCGAACCACUUCUGGAGCCGUGACGGAUGGUAAACGAGGCACUUGUUUGACUUCUGCUGUCGGACCCAACCCAUAUAUCGAGAUUGAUGCAAGAAAACCGUUUUCAAUUUUCGCACUAAGAAUCAAAGAUACUGUUACAUCUCCUCUUGAAAUUACGAUCGACGAAGAACACUGCGCGUUUGUUUCUUCGUCGAUAAAAGAAGCAGUUUUUUGCUCAAAUGGUCCUAUUACAGGAUCAAAAAUUCGAAUAACCUCGUUGGAUAAAUCUAAAAACUCCCUCAUUCUCUGCGAAGUUGAAGCAUAUGGUAAGCGUGACUUCCAGUGGUCAAGCUGGACGGAAUGGACUCCAUGCAACGGAAAGUGCCAUUUUGGUCUGCGAGAACGAACACGCGACUGUGAGGAUGAAUCCUGUGGAUCAGAAUGGAUUCAGCAGCGACAUUGCUCGCUCGGCCCAUGUUUUGAUCAUGAACCACUUGAAAUAGCAAAUCUUGAGAUGUCUAAAACAUAUGACUACUCACCAGCUUGGUUACUCGUUCAGAAUCCCGAUGAAGAAAAAUCUUGCAGAGUUGCUGAAGCAGAGGGUUCAUGCUGCGCGUUAACAUCGCCUGGUAACCAACCGACCAUCACAGUCGAACUUGCUGACGCAAAUGAGAUUAAUCUGAUAAGAUUGCAGCUUCCAAAAGACUUCACUGUGAAAAUAAGUGCACGGAUGGGCCUCACUGAGAAAUUCGAAGAUUCGGUAUUCUGUGGAACAGAAGAAGGAGAAGAUAACCUACUUAUUUAUUGUGGAGCGCAAGUUCCCGUGAAAUAUAUUUUCCUACAGGCUGUUGGGCAAUUUGCAUCGCUUUCAGCUUGCUCUAUUGAAAUUUUCGGGCAACAAUCAGCAUCACAAGACAAAUUUGACACGGGACUCACGACCGAAUGUGCAGUUGUUCCAGCAAAUGACACGAUCGUCGCACUUAUGAAUCGCUACAGAUCUGAAGUCUCAGGAGCAAAUAUGUUCAUGCUGAACUGGAACGAGGACUUGGCGCUAUAUGCUGAAAGUAUUGCCGGAGAAACAAUUUCGCGAUCAGUAUCUCGCGUUUCUGUAGGCUUUGGAGCGAGCUGGAACGAAAUAAUCUACUCGUGGGCAGACGAAAAGAGAUAUUUCUCCAAUUUAGAGGGAGAGUGUGUUUUUCCAUGCGGUGGAUACCGAAAUUUAUUGAAUUCAAUGAACACUCAAGUUGGAUGCGCCUCGAAAGGAAAUAGAUUCAUAUGCGUAUUUGAUGAAGGAUUCGCUAGUAAAUCUAUUCCAUAUCUGCUUGGUAAACCAUGCUCAAGUUGCCAUACGAACUAUGGAUGCGAAAGUGGACUUUGUCUUUCGUCUCUAGCUACUUGUGAUUCUGUGAAUAUUUCAAAUAAGAAAAAGAAGCCAGAUAUUGCGCCUGUUACCCCAAAACUUCCACCGAUGGUCUCUAUAAAACGACUCCCAUUAACUGUAACAGAACCUGGACGAUUCUUGAGCAAUGAAAAAUUCAAUGAAGGAGCCAAAUACUCAGAAAACGAUUUACGCGAAUGGAUAAUCGACGUCGAUGGAGCGAAGGGAUUCGAGUUCACCAUUCUUCAAAUGAAUUUGGACCAAGAGUGCGAAGAUCACGUCGUUUUCACCGAUUUCGCUACCUCAGAAAAUCUCUUUACGAUGAAAGACUGUGACCCCAAAAUGAGCAGAUUGGCGGCAACGAAAGUUCCAUUUGCUGUCACAGCUGAGAAAGUAAAAGUUGAAAUGGUCAUAAAGUCUCAGCGAUCAAAGCGUGGAAAUGGAUUCAAAGUAUAUUACACAGCUCUUUUCUCUGAUGUUGACGCAAGCUUUUCUACCCCGGCACCGAAUUUAUGCGUAAUUGAUCGACCUUGUGGAGCAGGAGGCACCUGCUUUCCGGACGAAGAGUCUGGUUACCGCUGCGACUGCCACGAUGGUUUUAUAACGCAUCCUCUCUAUGAGAAUAGAUGUAUAGACAUAGACGAAUGUUUCGAAACCGAUUUGGAUAAAGAACGAACCUUCCUUGCCACAUUCUACGCGUUUCCGCAGCUCUUGCCUCUAGCUUUAUCGGGCGAGAUCUUCAGCUUGACAAAAGAGGAGUUGAAAGCGUCUGUUGGAACAGUUUCUCUGAAAAGCACAGUAAUAUCGCAUGAUUCAGUGAUUCUAAAACUAGAAACUUGCAGGAGCUUUUGCGAAAGCUCAAUGAACUUCGGUUUGUGCCUUGCAAAGUGCAUCGUCGGGAGAUUCGAUCCAAAUCUUUCCAGAUCAUUGUUUGAUGAAAGCUUUCCCGACUGCAAUUAUCUCUCUAACAACACAGACGAAUGGAAAGAAUGCAAAGUCAAACGUAAUAUUCCAAGCAAGAUUCUUGAUGGCCCGUUUGAAUUUAUUAAUUCUUGCUUGGAUUCGUUUACCUUCGACAUUUGCGCACAACUUGGAGAUCUUCUUACGUCAGCAGAUCGUGAGCAGGCACAGAAAGAUAUUAAUGACGUUAGUCUAUCUAUUCAAUGCUGGACAAAAUGUGAAGGACAGGACAACUCGGCUCUUUGCGCUACUCGAUGUCUCGCUAAAGAUCGUCUCUCGAUCGAAAUUUACCACUUUACCAAUUGGAUUUUUGAGUGCAUCGAUGAGUGCGCUUCGGAUGCAACUGGAGGAAUGUGUUUUGCUGUAUGCUUCCAAAGUAGAACAGGUCAUGUGAACUCAGAGGCUUCCACGCAGAUGAUGAUGGGGUGCACUGGAACAUGUAUGAGUGACUUGAAAUGCAUUCUUGGCUGUCUCUUUGAAGAAAAUGAAAUUCGCUCUCUUCAGCGGGGCAACCUCCUUUCUACUCUCAUCUUUUGCUACGAAUCUUGCAAAUUGGAUGACAUGGAGUGCAUCAUAAUGUGUGCAAACGAAGAUCAUCUCGGCGUCCUAGUUGGAUGUGCCGACGAAUGCAACGAUUCAUUAUAUGCUGGUGUUUGUCACAUGAUGUGCGUGGAGAAAAUGGCUGAAAUCAAGGUUCUUGAGGAAUCAUUCUACUCUGAUCUGUUGAGUUGCGAUGAAACGGAUUGUAGAAAUAGCUUUGCAAAUGAAUUUUGUCAAAAAGAGUGUUCUGUUGAAGAUCUCAAUUGUUAUGGACACUGCUAUGUUAAUGAAAAACGGUUCAAAGCUUCGUCAAACUCCGAACUCACGAAUUUCUUUGUUUUCAAUCUGGACUGCUCUUGUCUUUGCAAAGAGGAAGGAGAUCUUUGCCCAGAUUAUUGCCAAGAAAAGUAUUUUGAAAAGUAUGAUUUGCCAGAAGAGGCUACACUUUGUAAAGAAGAAUUCUUCUAUAGCCAAGAUUGCUUGAGUAUCGCACUUGGAAUUGAUCUUGAUCCGCUUCAACUUCUUCCAGAGCUUGUGAGUUGCAUGAGUUCAGGUGUGUGCGAAAAAACAGAUGAUGAUUGCGUUUUAUCCUGUUUGUAUCGUCGCGCAAAAUUAUCUUCAAUCAAACGGCCAAGUCUUCUUGUUGAAGAAGGUACAGCUGAUAAUGGAAAAAUCACGAAGCUGGAAUCAUGGAAGAGUAUUGUAGAACAGUACGAAGAACCUCAAGUUUACGCCGCGUCACACCUCCAAAAAAUGCCAGACCAGAUGCGCUGUCCACUCUUUGCCAGCUGUGUCAACACAGUAGGAAAUUACCGAUGCAUAUGUGAGCAAGGAUUACAGUAUGAUGAAGAACUCAACGCUUGUACGACAAAGGAAGUCAACACAGCUAUCUUAGACGUUCUCAAGGACCAAUCUGAUUCAACCGUCAUGAUGAAAACAGAAAAGGAAAUAAUAAGAAACAGUGGGUAUCCAUUCGGUUACGGUAAAAAUGGGAACGAAGCUACGGAAUGGCUCCUAAGUCCUCCAUCUACUAAAGCUUUUCGACUUACUUUUGAUGAUUUCAGCUUGGAAAAUGCGAUAUCAAACUGUGUUGACAAGCUUGAAAUAUUUGCUAUGAUCGACAGCAUUGAAAUUCCACUCGCAACCAUCACUGGAUGUUCCUCAUCAUUUUCAGCAUCGAAAUUUUCAAGUGAAAAUAGUCUUGUUGGCCUCAGACUAAAAUUAUUAAACACUUCCAUCGUGAAAAUACGGUUUGUUAUUGGAAAAGCUGGAACCUUGAGGGGCGCAGGUUUCAAAAUCUCGUAUGAAGCUUUCGAACAGAAUUGUGAUGUCAUGAGCUGUGAUGAGGAUAUUUGCAUUUUUGCGGAGGAAACUGAUGAUUGCUUGGAGUCUCAACGAGUCACCGAAAAUAUUCUUUCUCCUACUCAGACUGUCGUAUUCACUGAAGAGACUAAACAAAUCGAGAACAUCUCCUCAUUUUUGCCAACAGGCUCAAAAGACCUUGAAAAAGAAGAGAUAAAUCAUCCCGAAUCAACCGUAGCAACCUCUUCCGCAAUCAAUAUCAUCGAAAAUGUAUUCUCUCAUAACACAAGAGAAACGACAAGUUCGACUUUAUCGUCAACUACGGAGCAUAUUCAUACAACGACGGAUACCACAACAACUUUGAUCGCGACUUCUUCAGAGGGAAAUACAGACACUUUAAUUCAAAGCAUCCCAGCAACAAUAGCAUCUUCCACAAAAGUCGAAGCAACGACUAUUCGUGAAACAACAACAAAAUCUACGACCACUAUAUCUACGACAACCAUAUCAGCAACUACCUUGGCAACAACUGUAUCAACAUUGAGAACACCUAAAGACACAACUGAUAUUGAGUGGUUUACCCAAACGCAAUCGUCAGAAACCACAAGCACACCGUCAACGGCUUCAACAUCGUCGAUCGCAACAUCAGCAUCAACCACAGUAUCAUCAGCAUCCGCGAUUUCAGAAGAUUCAACACAAGCAAUGACAAGUUUAAUAACUUCUACAAGGACGAUAGAAACGACCUCAACGGGAACAACAUCGACUGGAACGACAUCAACCGAAGCUCUAGCAAAUCAAGAUAAUUCUUCAAUAAAAUUAGAAACUCCAUCAGAAGAAAUUAUUCAACCAUCAGACAAAUCGACAACAGCGGAGCCAACAACAACCAUUUUCUCUAUGGAGACUACAACCUUUACGCAGCCGCAAACUUUUAAACAAGAGCCGGUAUGGCGGCUUCAAGGAGAAACAACAACUCAGGAACCGACCACCGAAGUAACUGAGCCAUAUGUAAAAGAGACUAAAAUUCCACAACUCGAAAUGGGAACAACUGUCGUCUUGACAACAAUGGAAGAGUCACAAACCCCUGAAAGCUCAACAAUUUAUUCGAAACUGGAUUCAAUAACUGAGUCCUCCUCGACUUCUUUGACCACAGCAACUUCAUCACCUGAUAAGGAAUUCACAAUAUCAAAUACGAUAGAUCCGACAGAAUCAACAACAACGGUUUCAGAGGCUUCUUCAAAUUCUAAAAUUAUAUCAACUUCAUCAAUUUCCACCAAUGCCUCAACCAAGCCUCCAGUAACGACUACAACUAAACCCGGCUGCUAUCUCGCUCUUUUUGGCUUGAAGAUAUCGAAUCACAGCAAGAACUUCCCACGAAACAUCGAUAAAGUUAAAAACCAGAUUCAACUAAGUCUCAAUGAAGAUGUGGAUUUCAAUGAGAAUAUAAACUUUGAACAUGAAUCUGGGAAGCAAGGAUUCAAGUUGUUCACGUUCCUUGGAGUUGACAUUGAGGCGACGCAAGAAAUAGACUAUGAUUGGGCACUCUCAGCUAUAAUGAAAACACUUAUAAAUUGGUCGAGAUCACUCAAAAUUGAGGUUUUGGAUAAAUACACUGGUGAAUGCGAUCUCGGUGGAACUUUUAAUAUCAGCGAUAUAUUUGUGCAUCCAUCAACGACCCCUGCUCCAAUCAUAUCAACAACUCCGAAAAAAGGCCAUUGGUUCAAGCCUCUUUCGAUCGUUCAAGUAAACAAAAAUAAUGAUGUCCCUGUUAUCGCUCCUCUGUUCUUGGAAAAUAAGAAGGAAGAUUCGAAUAAGAAUACAGUUUCAGCUGUUGCGCCUUUAUUUGCAUUGCCUGUGCCAGAAGAAGGGCAACAGAGUAAGAAAACCUCGGUGCAAAGCAUACAAUCAUAUACUUUCGCUCCAUUAAUCCAAAAUAGCUUGCUUGAAUCUGCUGACAACGAAAUGACAUUUUUCAGCCCCGAUAAAGGUGCCGUGGAGUUUGUAGACACGACUAAAGAUGUUGUUACUUCUAUCGAAUCUACCUCACAAACGACAAAUUUUAAAGUAACGGAACCAACAAUCUCAUCAGCUGCCGACCCGACCUUCAAAGCAACACUCACAAUAACCAAAGAACAAGAAAAUGAUCACGACUACAACCACAACUACCACCGCGACUUCUACCACGACUUCUACUAUGACUACUACCACAACAUCAACGACAAACACGCCUACUACCACGACUACAACAAAGACUACUACCACGACUACUACCACGACUACUUCCACGACAACAACAACGACUACAGCAACGACUACGACCACAACAUCGACGACAAGCACAACUACCACCACGACUACUACCACGACUACAACAACGACUACGACCACAACAUCAACGACAAGCACGACUACAAGCACGACUACAACCACGACUACAACAAAGACUACAACAACGACCACUACCACAACAUCAACGACAAGUACGACUACUACCACGACUACAACAACGACUACUACCACGACUGCUACCACGACUACAACCACGACUAUAACCACGUCUACAACAACCACUACUACCACAACAUCAACGACAAGUACGACUACUACCACGACUACAACAACGACUACUACCACGACUACUACCACGACUACUACCACGACUACAACCACGACUACAACCACGUCUACAACAACGACUACUACCACAACAUCAACGACAAGUACGACUACUACCACGACUACAACAACGACUACAACAACGACUACUACCACGACUACUACCACGACUACAACCACGACUACAACCACGUCUACAACAACGACUACUACCACGACUACUACCACGACUACAACAACGACUACGACCACAACAUCAACGACAAGCACAACUACCACCACGACUACUACCACGUCUACAACAACGACUACUACCACAACAUCAACGACAAGUACGACUACUACCACGACUACAACCACGACUACAACCACGUCUACAACAACGACUACAACAACGACUACGACCACAACAUCAACGACAAGCACAACUACCACCACGACUACUUCCACGACUACAACAACGACUACAACAACGACUACGACCACAACAUCAACGACAAGCACGACUACAAGCACGACUACAACCACGACUACAACAAAGACUACAACAACGACUACUACCACGACUACUACCACGACUACUACCACGACUACAACCACGACUACAACCACGUCUACAACAACGACUACUACCACAACAUCAACGACAAUCACUUCGAAUCUGAGCCUUCGGAAGCCUAUGAUUAUGUUACAUUCAAGUACGACACUGAAACAUCAACAUCAGGGACAACAACGUCCACACAGGAAACUUCGACUACAAGUCAAGAUAAAGUGGGCCCGAUCGAAAUUAAACUUGAAAAAGAUGACAAUUGGAGUGACGACCGCUUCGAAUCUGAAGUCAUGGAGAUAAUGCGAAUAACUCAGUCGAUUUGCUCUUCAUGUGAUCUCCAGUUAACAUCACCUGAAGGAGUAAUGCAUCUUCUUAUGUGGGAGAUUGCGGAAGAUCUUUUGCGGGAGAUAAAGUACAAUCUUCGUCGAUUAUACACUGACAUCGAAUUUGAAGAGCUUGGGAAAGACCUUCCAACCGAUUAUCUUAUUCGAAUCAAUGUUCAUGUUGGCACUUCUAUAGAAACAACAAAAGAUGAUCUUCUUUUUGGUUCAUCAGAAGCUCUCUUAGCGAUGUCGGAAGUGACAAACGUAAAAGUUAUCAAUGAACUUGACUCUGGAAACGCAAAAACUUUUGGAUUAGAGCUAUCUCUUCAAGUUGACUUGAAUAACUUUGACGAAGAACUGAUUAUCAAGAAAGUCGUGAGGCUUGUGGAGUCGUUAGAACAGUUUGACGCGGUGGUAAAAACAAGUGAAGUUGACUACUCUCCAAUAAUAGACUACGAUUACUUUAAUGAUGAGAAGGACCUCUCAAUACGCAAUAUCAAGGAUCAUGUUCAGCGAAAUUAA